AAGACAUUCGCGUCAAGGAAGCUGAGCUGCAACGAGCGGGCGAUACGCGAUAAGCGGGAUUUGAAAGUGAUAGAGAUAAAUCAGUGUGUGCCGUGCUAUAGACCCUAGUAUUCAAGCUCUAAAGAUAAAUACUGCCAAGUGCCAACGGACGAGUACAAUAAAAACUCAAGCUUUGAAAAACAAUUAGGCAAACGACAAGUGCAAAUUGAACAAAAUGAAUGUGGAAGAGUUUCGCAAAUACGGCAAGGAAGUGAUCGAUUAUAUAUGCCAAUAUGGCACCAACAUUGAGGAGCGUGAUGUGGCGCCCACCUUGGAUCCGGGUUACCUGAAAAAACUGCUACCAGCCGACGCUCCCCAGUCGCCGGAGUCGUUCAAGGACGUGCUCGAGGACUUCGAGCAGAAGAUCAUGCCGGGCGUGGUGCACUGGAACCACCCCAAGUUCUUCGCCUACUUCCCAUCGGGCAACUCCUUUCCCUCGGUCCUGGGUGACAUGCUGAGCAGUGCCAUCGGCUCCAUUGGCUUCAGCUGGGCCAGCUGUCCGGCGGCCGCCGAGCUGGAGACCAUCGUGAUGAACUGGUAUGCCAAGGCCCUUGGCCUACCCAAGGCCUUCGUUUCGGACGCGCCGGGCAGCACGGGCGGCGGUGCCCUCCAGGGAUCCGCCUCCGAGUGUGUGCUCGUCUCGCUGAUCACGGCACGUGCCCGGGCCAUCAGUGAGCUGAAGGGCCAGACCAGCGUCCACGACAGCGUAUUCCUGCCCAGCCUGAUUGCCUAUGCCAGCCGCGAGGCACACUCCUCCGUUGAGAAGGCCACCAAGAUGGCGCUGGUGAAGCUCAGGAUCAUCGAUGCCGAUGAGCAUGGACGUAUGCGGGUCGACCUGCUGAGGCAGGCCAUCCAGAACGAUGUGAACGCCGGAUUGACGCCCUUCUUUGUGGUGGCCACCGUGGGCACCACCGGCGGCUGCGCCUUCGACGACAUCACAGAGAUCGGCAAGGUUUGCCGCCAGGUGUCCAGCAUUUGGUUGCACGUGGACGGCGCCUACGCCGGCAACUCCUUCAUUCUGCCCGAGAUGCGGGUCUUCUCCGCCGGACUGGAGUACGCCGACUCCUUUAACACGAAUCCCAACAAGCUGCUGCUGACGAACUUCGACGCCUCCGCCCUGUGGGUGCGGGAUGUCAUGAACCUGAAGAGCGCGCUCAACGUGAAUCCCCUGUACCUGCGCCACGAGCACCUGAGCGGAGUGGACUACCGCCACUACGGCAUCCCAUUGAGUCGUCGCUUCCGGGCGCUCAAGCUUUGGUUCGUCUUCCGGACAUACGGCAUCAGGGGCCUGCAGGAGUACAUCCGCAAUCACAUGGCGCUAGCCAAGAAGUUCGAGAUGCUGGUGCGCAAGGAUGAGCGAUUUGAGGUCCGGAACGAUGUCCACCUUGGUCUCGUCUGCUUCAGAAUGCGCACUGGCGACGAGCCCAAUCACAUGCUGCUGGCCCAGAUUAACCAUUCGGGCAAGAUGCACAUGACGCCGGCCAAGUUCAACGGCCGCUACGUCAUCCGCUUCUGCGUCACCUACGAACACGCCACCGAAAAGGACAUCCUGGAUGCCUGGAGUCAGAUAAAGUGCUUCGCGGAGGAGAUAUUGCGUGACCACCAGCUGGAGUCCAGCUCCGUGCCCACCACGCCGGAAGGCUCGGAGCGGACCAGCUCGGAGCCGAUGGCUCCAGUGGCGGGUAAGCCACCCAUUAAAAAGAAGCUGACCAGAACAAAGUCGUUGCGAUUCUCCUUCACGCGUAGCAUUUCGCGGGAGCAAUACCAGAGUCAGAGUGAGCACCUAAUGGAUGGCUGUACACCCAUCCUGGUCGUGGACCCAAAGACUCUGCAGGAGAAUUUCCAAAAGGCCGCCGACGACAACGACAAGAACAACGGCAACACGAACGGCAAUACAAAACUUAAAGAUAUAUCCGACGUGGACACGGACGAGGCGAGUAACUGAGAGCCGAGCUGAAGGUGAUUUGCGGAUUUACCUCUACCUAGUAUUAAUUGUCGAGCUGAAAUGAGGCAUGUACCUAGAGUCUACCGACUAACAUUGCUCCGUUUGAAUUUAAGUACAUCUAUUUAUGUAUUUAGGACCUAAGUUGUUGCUGAAUAUUAUGUAAUUUAAAUAUUGAAUCAUUCGUAAUUGCUAAUAUUUUGUACCUACCUUAAGUUACUUUCAUGAAAAAAGCACUUAUUUAUAAACAUUAUCUUAGCAUUUGUUAUGCACAUCUUAUAAAAUUGCAAUUGAAAC